AUGACUGAGCCUAGUGGUACCCAAAGCCAGAGUCAGCCUCGGUCUCAAUCCUCGCGCGAUGGCUCCAUCAGUUCAACCAAUUCUGCAGGAGCAGGAGGAGGAGCAGCAGCACCGUCAGCCGGAGGAGCGGCAGGCUUCCUAUCCAAGAUCACCAGAUCUCCUUCGCGGAGACACAAACCUCUGGGAUCUAACACUUCCCUCGACGCUACUCUCUACGCCGCAGGCUCGACACCGCCUCGCCCUCGUCCCCGACCAGCCUACACUCGAACGGCCACGGCCCCUCCUGCGCCCGUCACCCUGAAUCCCAUCAGACCCGAUCUCCUCUCCCGCACCAACAGUGAUGUGACUGGCCACGCUACCUCUGAGAACAACAUGCUUCCUCUUCCCACUGGGAGCAUUGCUCCCGUCUACAAUGCCUCGGGCGUGAGCCGCGCCCCGUUACACAAGGUCUCCAGCAAUGUCAGCGUGGGUGAAGACACUACAAGUACACACAGCACGAAGGGCAAAGAAAACCCGCCGCGAGAGGUGGAUGUCCCCUCCGCGUUGGCACUCAAUGGCCUGCUCCUCAACAACUCGGCCGGCGCUGUCGCGAGCCAGCCCAACAAUCUGGCGUCCUAUUCCCAGAUACAAGAGAUGACACACAAGAGGAUAGCAACGCUGGAAUACCUGCGAAGGGCGCACGAGGGCCGGUCAUUCUGGUUCAAUACCGUCCUGUUCCACGAAACCGAUAUUUUAAAACUGCCGUCGUAUACACCCAACCGACUGUCGCGGCGCGCAGUCAAUUUCAUGCUCUUAGGAAUGUCACUGCCGACGAUUCUGGACUUUCACCCUCCGCAGCCACAAACGGCGGCAAACGCUGCCAAUAGCACUGCGGUCGCAUACGACUAUUUGAAGAAUUUGAAUACACUUUUCACCGAAUUUGAAUCCUUUCAACAACUACAUCCGCCUGAUGGCAGUUCAGCAAGUUCCCUGAGUCGGGCCCGAAUUCCUCAAAUGUUCAAGAGAGCCACCACGACGUCCAGGCCUCGGAAGUCAAGUGGUCCGGUCACUGACAUUGGCCUUCCCAUGCUUCCCGCUACCUCGCCGCCUUCGACAGUGCCGGAAGGCGGGCAUCAUGGUUCACAACCCUCAAUAGACACUACGGCCAGCGGUACUACGUUUGCCUCGACGGCAACUACGCUGGUGAAUGCUUCGCCGUUGGCUCCUAUGCCAGCAGUCAACUUCCCCAGUGCGUCGGCAUUUCCCCCUCCGGCACCCUUUGAUGCACCGAAUUCCACGCUGUUACCUAACGAGGGACCAUACACCCAUCUUCAAACCCCGCCUCUCCCGUUCACGCCAGACUUCUUCACCGUGUUCGCGACCCUGUGCGACGCUCUGAUCGACACCUAUCAGCGGUUGCUGCAGAUCCUGACCGGUCCUUCGGCAUGCACGACUGUGAUCAGUGAUCUGUUCACCAAGGUCGACGGACGAAUCCGAAAAGUGAUUGUUUCAGCCAUCGUCCGCGAGUUUGAACAAGCCUCCCGAGAAGCGGCCAAGAGAGAGAUGAUCGGGGUUCAGAAAGUGGUGUUGGGAGGGCUGAUGGCAUGA